CGCGAGCCACGAUGAGCGAGGAAGAGUACAGCGAAGACGAAGAUUACGUCUCGAGCGAAGGCGAAGGCGUGGAAGGAACCGAGGAGGGCGGCGAAGGACAGCCGGCGCAGGCGGCGGCGCCGGUGCUCGGACCGAAGGAAUGGGUCGGGCUGAGCUCGAUGCCGGCGGCGACGCAGAGCGCGCUGUUGGAGACGCUCGGUAAGCUCCGGGAGCGUAACGUGAACGAGAUGACGGUGAUUUUCAUCGGGAAACAAGGCGUAGGGAAAUCGUCGACGGUGAACACGCUGUUGAACGAGCGAGUGGCGCCGAGCUCGCCGUUUCAACCGGAGAACGUGCGACCGUUGCUCGCGGGACGCGUCGCGGCGGGAUUCACGCUGAACGUUUUAGACACUCCGGGGUUGCUCGAGGGUGAUUCCGUCAGCGCGCGAGGACUCAUGGCGCUUCGCGCGGCGCUGAACGGGCGCAAGGUGGAUGCGUUCGUGUUCACUGACCGUUUGGACACGUGGAGAGUGGACAACGCGGACAAGGCGAUUUUCACUUCGUUGGCUGAAAACUUUGGGGCGGAACUUUGGGAACGCACAGUGCUCGGGUUCUCGCACGCUCAAACCACGCCGACGGACGGUAGACCGUACGAAGAAUUCGUCAACGCUCGCGUGGAGCAAUACCGCAAGGCGAUUCGGUCGACGCUGAACAUGCCCAACUUGGCGCUUCCGUUCGCGCUCAUCGAAAACGGAUCUCGAUGCAAGACGAACGGCAACGGAGAGAAGGUUGUCAACGAUCGACCUUGGUUAUCGGACAUGGUGAGCACGAUGGUAGAAAUGGCGUGCUCGAAGGAUGGCUACGAGUACGACCACGGCAAGGCUGGCAAGAAGCUCGACCCGAACAACAAGCACAAGAUUUGGAUUCUCCCCCUGUUCUUGUUUCAAGCCUUCGUCUUGCGUCCGCUCGUCAUCGGUCAAAUCAGGCGCGACAUUAAGAAAGCGGACGAGAAGAAGCAGCGGGCGGCCGCGGCGAAGCAUUGA